AUGGCUGACCCUGCAUUUGAGGCAGGUCGUCCUGGAGAAUCUGCUGUGGAGUUGGGACGUAUAGUAGACCGUGGGUUACGUGAAAGCCGGGCGGUCGAUACAGAAUCACUUUGUGUUGUUGCUGGAAAGUGGGUAUGGUCCAUUCGCAUUGAUCUUCACAUUCUAGACAAUGGGGGCAAUCUUGUUGAUGCUGCGAAUGUUGCUACUUUGGCUGCUCUAUUGACAUUCCGGAGGCCUGAAUGUACUCUGGGAGGAGAAGAUGGUCAGGAAGUGAUUAUACAUCCUUCUGAGGUGAGGGAGCCACUUCCAUUGAUAAUACAUCAUCUCCCUAUAGCAGUGACUUUUGCGUUUAUUGGUGACGAGAACAUUGUGGUGAUAGAUCCGACUCACUUUGAAGAAGCUGUUAUGGGAGGAAGAAUGACUGCUACACUUAAUACAAAUGGUGAUGUUUGUGCUAUUCAAAAAGCUGGAGGACAAGGUGUCAUGCAGAGUGUUAUAAUGCAAUGUUUACGGAUUGCUUCUGUGAAGGCUGCUGAUAUAACAAGCAAAAUAAAGAAUGCUGUUGAAUCAUACAAUACUGAAAGAGCACUACGGAAGAUUAAACGUCACUCUUCUGCUGCUGCUCUGGAUGUUAGCGAACCUGGUCAGAAGGGAGUCAGUGAUGUGUCAAGGCAUCAUAUGGAAAGAUCGCAGUUAAAAUCAGAGGAAUGCAGUGUCAGUCAGAGCAAUGACAUGGAGUUUGAAACCCAAUCAUCUGGACAAGAUAAGACUAAUAGGACAGAAGGCAAUUCUAAGAGUUUUAUAGGCGGGCCUUCAAGCUGGAGCCCUUAUUCGAAGGGUGUUGAUUUUGAUGCAUUGAGAGCUUCUCUUGCUUCAUGUGGAGCAGUAACACCAACUGAAAAUCAAGAAGAAUUAAGACAUGAGAAGCAGAAUAAAACUCAGACAGGCCAACCACUGGCAGGUAUUAAUCCAGUUCCUUCAUCUAAUGAGGCAGCUGAAAGUCAGCUACAAACAAAUGGAGAGAAGACUUUGAAGGAUGCUGUGAAACCUAAGCACAAGAGAAAGCAGAAGGCAUCCUCUAAUGUUGAUACAAGUUAA